ACCUCAAGCCUUCAUCAUGACUGCACUACGACGAAUCCAGAAGGAACUCAAGGACAUCAACAGCAACCCCAUUGACGGUGUCAAAGUCGAGACCGAGGACGACAACAUCUUUGUGUGGAACUGCAUCGUCACAGGCGCGUCUGAUAGCCCGUACAAAGGGGGAACAUUCAAGUUCAAGCUAGAACUUCCACCAAACUUCCCAUUCAAAGCUCCUACAGUCACUUUCCAGACAAAGAUAUACCACCCUGGUAUCAAUGAAGAGGGGCAGAUCUGUGUACCAGUUUUACGUGACGAGUGGAAGCCAUCCGUCACGCUCUCGACAGUCUUGGCAGUCAUCCAAGAGAAGGUGAACAACCCAAGUCCAGAUGAUCCGUUUGAGCCACAGAUUGCAGCCCUUCUGAAGGAGGAUAAACCAAAGUUCUUGGCAACAGCCAGAGACUACACCAAGAAGUAUGCAACUUGAACAAGGAUCAUGCAUCGUCGAAUAUCUCUACUUCCAGAUUCACUGUAAUUACAUCAUUUCGAGGCAUACACUAAGUUGACAUGAGC